GUGAAGAAGGGUUGAUUUUUGCGGCCAAUGCAACAAUGCGGGAAUGGGACGUAUUAUUCCAGCAGCUGUACAAGUUGGAGUGUGUGGUUCGUCUAGAGGAAGAGCGACGUGAGGCGAGAGCGCGCCUGCGGCUCCUCGAUAUGAUGUCCAUAGAGGUUGACAAGCAGAUAGCGUUCGUUUCCCAGUUCAAGAAGCAAUGGCUGCAGAACCGACUGACACAGGAGCAGCAACGUCAAGAGCUGAUGGAUGCUGAAAGUAAGUGGCGCCUUUUCAUAGAGGAAGAAUAUAGUAGAAUGCUUAGGGACCUCGUUUGAGGAUAGCCAGGGUAAUUUGGGAUCGGUGAGUCCCUACCUAUUAAUCUUCACGAAAGAAGGAUACUUAUUCUGUUGAUUAUUCUUAUGUAAAAGUAAGUGCAAGUUCGUUCAUUUAAUAAAUAAGUAUUUCCUUCCGCUACAUUUGUAUACUAGAUUGUUGUUUACGCUCCCCCCCAUAUAUAUAUAUAUAUAUAUAUAUAUAUAAUGUCUGUGUGUGUGUGCAUGUGUGUAACGCUAUUUAUUGAAAAUAAUAGAGCUGUUUGUACUACAUUCCCAAUUUCUCUCUCGUUAUGCUGCUUCAUUUCGCUGGAGCACUAUUCAGUAUUCAAUCAAUUCCGUAGUCUGACCUCGCAGACUCCUUUUGAAUGUGUAAGAAUAUUAGAGAUAUCCCACAAACACGGCUUAGUUUACUGCGAUAUUCUAUUCUUUAUGUAGCCUUUCCUCAUUUGUGACGUAUAUUUUUUUACACCUGGCAAGCAAGAAGCUCUUCCAUACCCUCGAAAAGCGAUGAAGAUGUUUCAGCACGAGCUCUGGACGACAUGAAAUACAAUUUUCCUUUAAAACUCUGAUACGUUGGCCAACAAGAUUACCAAGGAUUGUCUUUCUAAUGCUUCCUUUGUUCGACCAUCAGAGAAGCUUGCUUCACAUACAAGCACCAUUCUACCCAAAUUUUUCAAGGAAUGUUGGAUGACUACGGAUGAUGUUGUGUCACAUAGCAUCACCACACGCACUAUAUACAUGGCGAUAGGGGUCUGUAAUUCGGACUAUGGUUGUAUAGGGGCCCAGGGCAUCCUUGCCUUUAUGUUCUCAUCGACAUCGAUUCCGCGAGGGCAGAGGAGGAAAACGGUGACCCAAGGUAGCAGUCCAAGUGCGCUACAAGUCAUGUUUCAAGGGAAGGGUAUGACUGCAGCCCUACUAAUUUCAAGUUUCCCAUAUUUCUCUCUAUCAUAGACAGCAUUGGGUGCAACAAGAGAAUUAUCCUCGGUUGGAUUGUGUUUACUUCUCUAUUGAUAGUCCUCUGGUAAUCAUGUUUUUGGAAAAUGACAAAACACAUCCGUUCAAAA